GGCUUCUUGAUGUCAUUCUGUCGCGCCCUCCCCAUUUCCGCUUGGGGGAAGGCGUGGAUUCUUGGCAAGAUGGCGGCGUCUUUGUUGAGGUUAGCUGGCCGGCGGUGCCUCUGCCUCCGUUUGGGCCCUGGAUUCUCCAUGCAACACGUGGCCCCCAUGGGGACAACGGCAAAGGAGGAGAUGGCCCAGUUCUGGGACAAGAACACUCGCUCGAACCGCCCUCUGUCCCCCCACAUCUCCAUCUACAGGUGGUCUCUGCCUAUGAUGAUGUCCAUCACCCAUCGUGGCACUGGGGUCGCAAUGAGUUUAGGUGUGUCUCUCUUUGGCUUGAGCGCCCUGGUUUUUCCAGGCCAUUUCCCUGACUCUUUGGAGUUCAUCAAGUCCCUUCACCUGCCGGCGGCACUCAUCUACUCGGGCAAGUUUGCCUUGGCUUUCCCCCUGACCUACCACACCUGGAAUGGACUCCGACACCUGGCUUGGGACAUGGGCAAAGGAUUCAAGAUACCGCAGGUCUACCAGUCCGGCACCUUGGUCCUGACGCUGACUGUUUUGUCUUCCAUCGGGAUCGCAGCAAUGUGAAGUCCAGAGGCAGGGGCCCCACCCUCGGAAGCCUUCUGCUCCUUCACUUCAUGGACAUUUUGAUCAAUUGGGGUCUCGUGGGAGAGAGCAUGGGGGGAGGGAGAGGGGGUGCAGGGGGGGCAAGCUCUUCCACAGACGGACACGCACUUGUAAAUCAAAACGAAGCCAUUCUUCGCAGGAUGAUUGUCGACCCUCCUUUUGCCGUGUCCCACGCUCGAGGGCACCUUCCCCAAGAUGGGAUACCCCGGACACUCGACGGCUACGGAUCCCCGUGUAGCGAUUGGCUGAGAAGCCAGCCUACCCACAAUGCGUGGCGAGCCACCGCUUCGCCUGCGGCUUCAUGAAACCUGCGUCUCCCUCAGCCGCUGCCUCAGAGCGUGAGACAAUACCAGGCUUUGUACCCAACCGGGGGAGGAGGGCGCUCCAGCAGUACAGCGUGUGAGCGAGCGUGUGGGUAUAUUUUUAAAAGGACAACUGUCCCCAUUGAUGGCUGGCAGCGGUGGCGGGGCCUCGCUUAACUGUCACCAAUGCCUCUCAGAGCUUGGCGCUAAUUCGGCCUUUGGCCCGCUUUCACUACAUAGCUCUGCACCGUCGCCGCCAGCGUUGCCCUGACAACUUGCUGACACGAUGCAUUGCUUUCUUCGUAGGUGUGGAUCUCUUGCCAGCCUUAUGAAACACCAGCAGAGGGAAGGAAGUGAUGUAUUUUCGGGGUAGCGUAUCGGGGCAACGCCUGUGCCGGCCCCAAAUCUCUCUGGCGGAGUGGGGGGGGGGGGGCUGACCAGACAGGCCUACUUCAGAUCUUUUUGAGGUUCCUCAGCUUCUGUCUGACAAGAGCCACCCUCUAAACCGUAGAUGUCAAACUCGCGCCCCUCCAGAUGCUAUGGACUACAGUUCCCAUCAUCCCCUGCCAGCGCCGAUGCUGGCGGGGAUGAU